AAUAUUUUAAAUUUACAGCAACAAAAUUUUGUAUUAGUAAAUAAUCAGCAAAAUCAACUGAUGGCAUUAUCUGUAGGAUUUGUACAACUAGAAUUUUAUAGCGGUAAUGAAGAUCAUGAAGAUUUCGUAGAUAGGUUCAUAUUAUAUAUUACCUUGGCUGGAGUAAAUAAUGAUGCAAAUAUUCUCACUAUAUUAGAUCAAUCCUUAAAAGGAGAAGCGAGAGAAUGGUAUUAUAGAGAAUUUGACAAUAAAAAUUGGGAGUUAGAAAAUAUACUUGAUAACUCUGGUAUAGGUGCAACAAUAGCACAUAUUCGUGGUGCUAAUGCAGAAGGUAUAACGGGUGCAGUCGCUUCUUUUCCAAAUGUUCUACUUGGAUUUACAGGUGCACAAAUUAUCCCUGCUCGAAAUGUUGCUGAAGAUUGGACAAUAGCGGGAGGAUGCCCAACUAAUGCAGUACCAGUUGUACUAAAUGCUGGAGGAGGUGUUCCUAUUAUUCUAGCAAGAAUGCGAUCUGGACAAAGGCUUUGGUGGAUAAAAAAAUAUUAUCCAACUACUAAUAAAUAUGUAAAGAUGUUAGAAAUUGGAGUAUUAAGACAAGGCGUAUAUGAGAGUAUAUCUUUAUUCUUGGCAAAAAUUCAGAAAUAUGGCGAUCAACUCGGUUAUACUCCAGCACAGAAGAAAACCCAUUUCUUAUCUAGAGUUAGACCUGAUAUUAGAAAUGAAAUUUAUAGAAUUGGUCAAACAAAACCCAUUAACGAUAUUAUUGAUAGUUUGGCAGAACUUGAAUUACGUCAUGGAAUAUUACAACAGGCACCAUCUCAACCUCGCCAUGCACCUAUUGCUCCUACUAUUCCAGAUAAUAAAUCAGUAAUUUCAUGCAAAUUUUUAGUUACAGAAUCUAAACAAAAUGAAAAAGUCACUAUGCCAAACCUUUUUUCAGAAUCGGAUAACCAGUUAUUAGAAUUAUUAUCUCCAGCAAUGCGAAAAAAAAUUAUUGACCCAUCUACAAAAAAUAAAUGGGCCGAAUCACUUGAAUAUAUGCAGUGUAGAAUUGAAGAUAUAAUUAUUCCGGAUGGGUUUGCCGAUAUAGCAUCAGGAUUGAUUCAAGAUAAUAAUUCAAAAAAUCAAACUUUCGAUUCUUCUACCAAGAUCGAUACUAAAGAGAAGCCAGCAUCUAAUGAGGAAAAAGAGUCCCAAGUCUCUGAUUUAUUCACUGAAGAUCUAAAAAAAAAAAUAUAA